GCUUCCUACUGGCUGGAGCUCGCGGGCCCUAGACCUGGAGAUUGACGAACUGGGGAGGGGGGAAGGAGUGGAAGCGAGGGAGCGGUGUGUCCGAUUGGUCUGAGGGCUCGGCCUGAGAAGGAGCGGGGUGGAGUCUGAGGCCGAAGUCUCCAGUUGUUGGAGACUGACUUGGAGCAGCCAGAAUCCUGGAGUAAGUGGCCUCGAGGAGACCUCAAAUCUUCCGGGGUACCCCUUACCCCCCCUUCCUCUUCCGUCUGGCUCCACAGUCUUUCAAGAUGACGCUGGACGUGGGGCCGGAGGAUGAGCUCCCCGACUGGGCUGCAGCCAAGGAGUUCUACCAGAAGUACGACCCCAAGGAUGUCAUUGGCAGGGGCAUAAGCUCUGUGGUCAGGCGCUGUGUUCACCGUGCUACUGGCCAGGAGUUUGCAGUGAAAAUCAUGGAAGUUACUGCUGAAAGGUUGAGUCCUGAGCAACUGGAGGAGGUGCGAGAAGCAACUCGAAGAGAAACUCAGAUCCUGCGCCAGGUUGCUGGCCACCCCCACAUCAUCACCCUCAUCGAUUCCUACGAGUCUUCUAGCUUCAUGUUCCUGGUGUUUGACCUGAUGCGGAAAGGAGAGCUGUUUGACUACCUCACAGAGAAGGUUGCUCUCACAGAGAAGGAGGCCAGGUCCAUCAUGCGGUCUCUGCUGGAGGCUGUGAGUUUUCUUCAUGCCAACAACAUCGUGCACCGGGACCUGAAGCCUGAGAAUAUCCUCCUAGAUGACAAUUUGCAGAUUCGACUUUCUGAUUUUGGUUUUUCCUGCCACUUGGAACCUGGCGAGAAACUUCGAGAAUUGUGUGGGACCCCAGGAUACUUGGCCCCAGAGAUUCUGAAGUGCUCCAUGGAUGAAACCCACCCUGGCUAUGGCAAGGAGGUUGACCUCUGGGCCUGUGGGGUGAUCCUAUUCACGCUCCUCGCCGGCUCUCCCCCGUUCUGGCAUCGACGUCAGAUCCUGAUGCUACGAAUGAUCAUGGAAGGCCGAUACCAGUUCAGGUCACCAGAAUGGGAUGAUCGAUCAGCAACUGUCAAAGACCUGAUCUCAAGGCUGCUCCAGGUGGAUCCUGAGGAAAGACUGACUGCAGAGCAGGCCCUGCAGCACCCCUUCUUCCAACGCUGUGAGGGUAGCCAGGCCUGGAGCCUUUCUCCCCUCCAGCGAUUCAGGGUAGCAGUAUGGACAGUGUUGGCUGCAGGCCGAGUAGCCCUGAGCACUCGCCGGGUAAGGCCCAUGACCAAGGGAGCUCUAUUAGGAGACCCAUAUGGGCUUCGACCAGUGAGGCAACUCAUCGACAGUUGUGCCUUCCGCCUCUAUGGACACUGGGUAAAGAAGGGCGAGCAACAGAACAGGGCUGCCCUUUUCCAACACCGGCCUCCUGGCCCAUACGGCUACAAUCCAGAAGAGGAAGGAGAUCCAAACAACACUGAUGAUGAAUCUAUUGUUGCAUAGUUAAGACCUCCAUCCUGGGGCCCCUAGAAGUCUGUUUCCCAGCCCAAGAGCCUUGGGAAGUCCAGGUUCCCCAGUCUGAGGGCUUCAGUCAAUUCGGUCACCUUGGACUCUGGCCAAAGGCAUUCUUCUCUUCUCUUGUGCGCUCUGAUGAUGAUGCUAUUGUAAAGGGGACCAGCUGUAUGCCCCCAUCCCUGUUGCUCAGAACUACAGGACUUGAAUGGAAGGAAAAGGGACCAGCUGAGAAUGAUAUUCACAUCUUUGCUGUUGCUGUCCAUUUUUCAUGUGAAAUAAAUCAUCCUGCACACUGGGGAACAA